GACUAAAAUUUGUAUGAUGGUUUUGAUAAACUAAUGAAAGAAAAGGAGAACCUGCUAAAGUUUGCCCAAUGCCAUCUCUGCAGUUACAGAUCUCACGGGCCAACCUCCCGUGAAAUCACCGAAUGGAGAAAAUACGCAAAGCACAAAAAACACUCGAAAUCGAAUCAAAACAACCUCAAUGGCCCGAUCCGAUCGAACUAGCUAGCACCCUCGCCGCCGCCGCCGCCGCCGCCGCCGCCGCCGCCGCCGACGCCGACGCCGACGCCUCCUCGCCUCGCCAUGGGCCUCCUCAGCUCCUUGCGCCCGCACCGCCGGGGCGCCCUCUCCGGCGGCGGCGGCGGCGGCGGCGGGCAGUGGCAGUGGUCGUUCCUCGACGCCGUCUGGGCGGUGUUCCUCCUCGCCGUGGUCAUCUUCCUCGCGCUCGUCUUCACGCCGCGCCGCGGCGAGCCCCUCUCCGCAUCCUCCUCCGCACUCGCCGGCGCGACGGUGCCACCAUGCGCAGCCUCGGAGGUGGACCUCCUCCCCUGCGAGGAUCCCCGCCGCAGCUCCCGCCUCAGCCGCGAGAUGAACUACUACCGCGAGCGCCACUGCCCCGCGCGCGGCGAGGCGCCCGUGUGCCUCGUCCCGCCUCCGCGGGGCUACCGCGUCCCAGUGCCCUGGCCCGAGAGCCUCCACAAGAUAUGGCAUGAUAAUAUGCCUUAUGGUAAGAUUGCAGAAAGAAAAGGUCAUCAGGGGUGGAUGAAGCAGGAAGGCUCAUACUUUAUUUUUCCUGGAGGCGGAACUAUGUUUCCCGAUGGAGCUGAACAAUAUAUUGAAAAGCUUGCCCAGUAUGUUCCGCUAAAAAGUGGUCUCCUGAGGACGGGUCUUGAUAUGGGAUGUGGGGUGGCUAGUUUUGGUGGGUUUUUGCUUAAAGAGAAUAUCUUGACACUCUCUUUUGCCCCAAGAGAUUCACAUAAAUCUCAAAUACAAUUUGCUCUGGAGAGAGGAAUUCCUGCAUUUCUUUUGAUGCUGGGCACGAGGCGCCUUCCAUUUCCUGCACAGUCUUUUGAUUUCGUUCAUUGCUCCCGGUGUUUGAUACCUUUUAUGGCCUACAAUGGGAGCUAUUUGAUUGAAGUCGACCGUCUACUUAGGCCAGGAGGUUACUUGAUUAUAUCAGGACCCCCAGUCCAGUGGAAGAAGCAAGAGAAAGAAUGGGCUGAACUUCAAGAAAUGGCACUGGCUUUUUGUUACAAGUUGAUCACUGUAGAUGGUAACACUGCAAUUUGGAAGAAACCUACUGAAGCUUCAUGUCUACCUAACCAAAAUGGAUUUAACAUUGACUUGUGUAGCACUGAUGAUGAUCCAGAUCAAGCAUGGUAUUUCAAGUUGAAGAAAUGUGUCAGUAAAGUUUCUUUGGCAGAUGAAAUAGCUGUUGGUUCCAUUCUGAAGUGGCCAGAUAGGUUAUCCAAACCUUCUGCUAGAGCCUCUCUAAUGGACAACGGAGCAAACUUGUUUGAACUAGAUACUCAGAAGUGGGUCAAAAGGGUAUCAUUUUAUAAGAAAUCACUGGGCGUGAAGCUUGGGACUGCCAAAAUUCGUAAUGUGAUGGACAUGAAUGCAUACCUUGGAGGAUUGGCAGCUGCUGCUGUCUCUGAUCCUGUAUGGGUUAUGAAUGUUGUUCCUGCUCAAAAACCAUUGACACUUGGAGUAAUAUAUGACAGGGGCCUUAUUGGAGUUUAUCAUGACUGGUGUGAGCCUUUCUCAACUUAUCCUCGUACCUAUGAUCUCAUUCAUGCUGAUAGAAUCAACUCUUUGAUAAGAGACCCAAUUUCUGGCAAGAGCAGAUGUGACCUGUUUGAUGUCAUGUUGGAGAUGGAUCGCAUUCUGCGUCCAGAAGGAAUUGCUGUUGUACGAGACUCCCCAGAUGUGAUUGACAAGGCAGCGCAGGUUGCUCAGUCGAUUCGGUGGACUGUUCAGGUGCAUGACAGUGAGCCUGAAUCAGGUGGUACAGAGAAAAUUCUUGUGGCUACUAAAACAUUUUGGAAGCUACCAUUAACUUAGUUAUAAUUCAAUUUCUACCCGUGUUUUGAACACUUCCUUUACAAUCUCAGUCCCCUGAUUUUGAGCUUUUGGGGAUGGGUGACGGGUGUUCAGUACCUAUCAGGUUAGCAAGAAAAUAGAUUAAUCAAGGUGGUCUUUCUUUUCUGAAAUCUAUUUUUGUUCUUCAGCGAUGAGUUAGGUGCAUAGAAGUGUGGUGUAAUUCUUGACAUUUUGUGGCUCUCCCUGCAUACUUCUGAUUGAUGUUAUAGAAUGUAUGUAUUGUGAAAAUGGUUGUUCAGUUUGCUCUAUCGCUGGUUGCUGCAUC